AUGAACAUUAUUUCUCAGGUGUCCAAGAUGAACGCAGCAACCCUUUUCAUCUUUGUGGUGGGACUAAGCGUCGCAGCUUCCAAAGUGCUCAACGGCUCAGUUUUUAGACAGCGCAGCGUGGAGCUAUAUUCGACUGAGGAUCAAGUCGUGGGCGCUUUUGUUAUAUCCAAUGCAGAGAAAAGCGACGGCAAGAUAUACACAAUACACGCUGAUGUUAACGAUAAUCGAACAGAAAAAGGCGUAUACGAAGUAGAUUUAAAUCUAAACACCACAGUCAAAAUUUUGGACAAAGGAAGGGAUUUAUGUUAUGAUGAUGACAGCACGAUAUACGUAGCUAGCAAUGACGGGAUAUAUGUAUAUAAAACCGGAGAUAAAAGCUUUAAAAAAUAUGGUACUUUCAAAGCUGACGUUAUAAGCCUAACAAAAAUGAACGGAAGCGAUUUGUUUUACGCCGUAACAAACGACAAUAAAGCUUACAAAGUCACUGAAAAUGGUAACAAAUACGUUUUGGAUGAUAAAUUGAAAGCCGUCAAACAAGUUAUGUUUGAUAACUUCAAUGUAUUGCACUAUGUCACUUUGGAUAAUGAAGUAUUUAAAGUGAUUGAGAAUGUAGAAAAAAUCGAUUUUAAUGUUAAAAUCGAUUACGUUAGGCUCUUGAAGUCGAGCGCAACUGAAGAUGACGCCCUUUUUCUUUUAGUCAACAACGACCUGGUGGUUAUUAAAUCGACAGGAAUAUUGAAAGUUGUCGAGAACUUGGGGAAAGUGUCAGCAUUUUCUAAGGAAACCGAUUCAUUGCUUAUAUACGCGGUGGAUAAAAAAGUUUACGGAUUUAUACCGCUUUUGUAUGUGAUCGGUUCUUUUGCUGAUGUUUUGUCUUUAAAAUAUUAA